AUGGUGCAGCCGCGUAUGCUCACAAAAGCGGACGAGACGUCCGUCAAUGAUGAGAAUGAAGUCCGCCGCGAGGAUCAGGAGAAGAUCAACCGGUUCAGUCGGUUGCAUCAGCGCGAGACUGUGCUCGAGGAGCAGUUGAAGGGGAAGCAGAAGGAUAAGGAGGAUUUGGAAGAGGUUUCGAUGGAAUUGGAGCUUGCUGAUGAAGAUGAGCUUGUGCCCUACAAAAUCGGCGACUCAUUCUUCCAACUACCGCUAUCAGACGCGCAGGGAAUGCUCUCGGCAUCAACAGAGAAGAUUGACGCAGAUGUCUCAAAGCUAGAGGACUCACUUGGUGAUCUACGUGAGGAAAUGCAGCAGCUGAAGGUUGCGCUGUAUGCGCGGUUUGGUCGGAGCAUUAACCUGGAGACCUAA